CAAUACUACAUUAAUCAAUCCAAAAGAGCUACUGACUAGAAGAAGAUAAAUCCAUCAAAAUGACAGAAUAUGGCAUUGAUUUUUCAAUGUCUUCAGACCUCAGAUUUCUCCUCUUCCUGCUAUGCAUUUUCGCCAUUAAUCUCUGCUUCAUCUCCACAACCAAAGAUUACUCAUCACACUUACACCCUCUGGAUUCCCUCACAUCCUCAGAGCUAACUCAAGUUCAAACUAUAGUGAAAAACGCAUUCUGUUCAUCAACUUCAUCCAGUUGCCAUAGCCUGAGCUUCCAUUAUGUCGGUUUACACGAACCUGAUAAACCAAUCGUGCUUUCAUUUCUUCAAGAACAAGAAGAAGAAGAACCCACAAAAAUCCCACAUCGGCAAGCCUCUGUUCUUGCCCGAAUCAAUCACUCAAACCAUGAAAUAAUCAUAGACUUGACUGAUUCAGCAGUCAUCUCUAACAAAAUCCAUGACGGGCACGGCUAUCCUCUGUUAAAUUUUGCCGAACAGGAAGCGGCCAACAAGCUGCCAUUCACUUACGGGCCAUUUUUAGCAUCAGUCAAGAAGAGGAAACUCAAAUUGGAAGAAACUGUGUGCCAGAGUUUCACCGUUGGGUGGUUUGGAGAGGAGAAAACCAAAAGGGUUGUCACGGUUAUGUGUUAUUAUUUGGAUGGUACGGUUAAUUUGUACAUGAGGCCAAUUGAAGGGAUUACAGUGACUGUUGAUCUUGAUGUGAUGAAGAUCACGGGUUAUGUUGAUCGGUCGAUUGUUCCGGUGCCAAAAGCAGAGGGGACGGAUUACAGAGAAGUAGUGAAUCAGGGGAAGCCACCAUUGUUGAAUUCAACUACUGAAAAUUUAACAGGGCCGCAACAAAAUGUUCAUCCGGGUUUUGCCAUUGAUGGAAAUGUGAUAAGAUGGGCUAAUUGGAGAUUCCAUGUAGCAUUUGACAUGCGAGCUGGUUUGAUCAUAUCACAUGCUUCUAUCAAUGAUAUUGAGAAGGAUGAAUAUCGUAGUGUUCUGUACAGAGGGUUCAUAUCAGAGGUGUUUGUACCUUACAUGGACCUUACAGAAGAAUGGUAUUAUAGAACAUAUUUUGAUUCGGGUGAUUUCGGAUUCGGCUUAUGUGCGACUUCACUUGUACCAGUAAAAGAUUGUCCAGCAAAUUCAGUAUUCUUCGAUGGUUACUACAUUGUACAAGAUGGGACGCCUGCGAAAACACCUAAUAUAAUUUGUGUAUUUGAAAGAAAUGCUGGAGAUGUUCUGUGGAGACAUACUGAAACAGCGAUCCCUGGAAAAGUUAUAACUGAGGUUAGACCAGAAGUAAACCUCGUUGUGAGAAUGGUGUCUACCGUUGGCAACUAUGACUACAUUGUUGACUGGGAAUUCAAACAAACCGGCACAAUCAAAGUUAAUAUUGGAAUGACGGGAAUACUUGAAGUGAGGGCGUCGAGUUACACGCACAAGGACCAAAUUAAGGAGGAUGUUUAUGGCACAUUAUUAGCAGAGAACACCAUAGGAGUUUACCAUGACCAUUUCCUGAAUUUCCAUCUUGAUUUAGAUGUGGAUGGUUAUGCUAAUUCAUUUGUUAAGUCUAGAUUGAAACCCACACCUGUUUUCGACAAGUCCUCGCCUAGAAGAAGUUACUGGACUGUGGUCAGUGAAACAGCCAAAACAGAAUCGGAUGCGAGGACUAAUCUUUGCUCUUCUGGUGCAGCAGAGCUCAUAGUUGUGAAUCCUAACAAGAGAACUAGGAUGGGAAAUUAUGUUGGAUACCGUUUGCGCCCUGGAUCGGUAUCUAGUAACCUGUUAUCUGAUGAUGAUUUCCCAGAAUCUCGUGCCGGUUUUCCAAAGUACAAUGUGUGGGUGACACAAUACAACAAAUCUGAGAAAUGGGCUGCAGGAUUAUACACUGAUCAGAGCCGAGGCGACGACAACUUAACAAAAUGGAGCCUCAGGAAUAGGGACAUAGAAAACAAAGAUAUAGUGCUGUGGUACACAUUAGGCUUCCAUCAUGUACCCUACCAGGAAGAUUUCCCUGUCAUGCCAACUCUAAACAGUGGAUUUGAGAUCAAGCCAACCAAUUUCUUUGAGCACAAUCCUGUACUGAAAGUAAAACCAUGACAACUUUGUAAAGGCUAAUGAUGUUAGCAUUAUUCGUAGCAUGAUUUAAACUUGUAAAACAUGACAAAAGUCUUUUAUCCUAGGUUGCGCC